AUGAGUGAGCUUCUCGAAUUCCUCCGCACUCACGAUGAAGCAUUUCCAUCUCUCUACUCCGAUUUCCGCUUCCAACGUAAUACGAACCCAGAUGGCUAUCAGGCAAACAGCUCAGCAUGGCUGCGCGCGCUCACCUCCGCCGUGAAAGCUGGUUUGAUUCCUUCUCAGACCAGCGGCAGCAAUAGCCCAUUCAUCCUCGAAAGCAGCCCAGAACUUCUCAGGGAAUUGCAGACACAAGAAUACGGCCAGCCUCUUGCGUUGGGCGCAGUGCUAGAAGAUGCGGUAAAGAGCAAAGCGCUACUUCCGCUGAAGGAGUUCUUAGAAAAUAAACAGAGUCUAUAUCAUAAAAGCUGGAUACCUACACCAUGGCAGCUUCUCGCGUGGGCACUCAGACAGGCGGGACUCGGAGGAGGAGGGGCACAGGAUAGGCUUGUACGCAGCCAGUUCGUGGUUGUAGCAAAUGUCGAGAAUGCUGCAAAAGUGCUUCUCCAGCGAGCAGGCAAGAUUUCAGCCAGCGAGGCGGAUCGGAUAUACUCGAAGGACCUUUUCGCAAAGACCUUCUCGACUACGCUUGGCGUGGAAUCUAUCAACCCUCUUGACUUGGAUGUACUGCUCAUGCAUCUUUCGCGUGAUCUCGGUGCGUUGGCAUUCGAGAAGGAGUCCGGCGUAGUCAAAUUCAAGACUGCGGCCGAACCACAGCCACAGCCCAUCACAUCCGAGGACCGAAGUAUUGCGUCUUUGCGGACACUCAUCUCAGACCUGCAGCCACAAAUUGAGUCCCUCACAUCACGAAUUGCAGAGCUCGACAUAGCUGCGCGAGAGGCAGUAUCUGAGAAGCAGACUAUCAAAGCCAAGACGUCUCUGCGGCAGAAGAAGAUGGCGAAUACCAAGCUCCAGCAGCGCUCAGAUAUGCUUGCACAACUUGAAGGCGUGUACGCGAGCAUUGAGCAAGCUUCUGAUCAAGUGCAGAUCGUAAAAGUGCUUGAGGACUCAGGCAAGACGCUGAAGAGCCUUAACGCUCAGACUGGCGGGGCGGACAAGGUGUCGGAGGUCAUGGAUGAUCUCAGAGAAAGUAUGAUGGACACGGAGCAGAUUGGGAACGCUAUUAAUGAGGUAUCAGCUGGCGAGAUCGACGAGGGAGAAGUUGAAGAUGAGUUGGAGGCGCUUGAGAAUGUGGAAAGAGAGAAGAUUGAGGCGAAGGAGCGUGAAGAACGGGAGAAGAGAGAGGCUAAGGAGAGGGAGGAGAAAGAGAAGCUAGAAGCGGAAGAGGCGGAGAAGACGAGGUUGCGUCUUGCUGAAUUGGAAAGUGCACCGAAAGAGGCUGGGGAGAAGACUGGCGAGAAGACUGACGAGGAGGAGGUCGCUGGAAAGGUUGCUCAAGAUUCCGCUGCUUAGGUGGUUGGUAAUCUGCUUUGUGGAUUGAACGACAAAGGUUCGGACGAGACCAGCGAACAUCAUGGAGAGUUUGAUAUCUAGCCCGCAGCUACUAGACGUCUUCAAAUGAGUCCCUAUCGAAUCCAUG